AUGGACAAGCCUUGGCUGCGGGCGCUGAAAGAGAGUGUAAAUGCUGCUGUCGAGAUGAGUGUGAAGGCCUUUGAGCUGGUCCCUGCUGUGGAGCGAGAGCUCCUCAUGGGAGACAAGGCUCGAAUCAACAUUGAAUGCAUCGAAUGUUGUGGAAAGCACCUGUACAUUGGAACAAAUGACUGCUUCAUCCACCAUUUCCUUCUAGAAGAGGUCCCUUCCUCUAAAGGAAAACUAACUUUCUUGGCACAAAAACUACUUCACAAAUAUCUGGGACUCAAGAAACCAGUGGCUGAGCUGCGGGCUGCAUCAGCUUUGGAGCGAUUGAUGGUGCUCUGUGAUGGAGUGCUAUUUCUUGUUGACAUGUUGACUUUAGAAACUCCCUCUGGAGCUGGAGGGGCCAAAAUCAGAGGUGUCACUACAUUCUGCAUUAAUGAGAACCCAGUUAAUGGAGAUCCAUUCUGUGUGGAGAUGGGAAUACUUUCUUCUAAACGGCGGACAGUGCAGAUUUUUAUGGUGUAUGAAGACCGAGUUCAGUUAGUGAAAGAAGUGAACACACCAGAACAGCCCUGCGCUGUUUCUCUGGAUGGAUACUUUUUGUGUUUGGCUCUAACCACACAAUACUUAAUCUUAAACUACAACACUGGAGCCAACCAGGACUUAUUUCCAUACAACAGUGAGGAGAGGAAGCCUAUUGUGAAGAGGAUUGGCCGAGAGGAGUUUCUGCUGGCAGCACCAGGCGGUCUUGGAAUGUUUGCUAAUGCAGAGGGCGUCUCCCAGCGUGCUCCAGUGAAUUGGUCUGAGAAUGUGAUUGGAGCUGCGGUUUGCUUUCCUUAUGUUGUGGCAUUAGACGAAAGCUUCAUCACUGUCCACAGCAUGCUCGACCAACAGCUCAAACAAACUCUGCCUUUCAGGAAUGGACACGUUCUCCAGGACUUUGAAGGGAAAGUCAUUCUAGCUUCUACUAAAGCGGUGUAUGUACUUGUGCCAUUGCCUCUUGAGAGACAAAUCCAGGAUUUAUUAGCCAGUCACAGAGUGGAAGAAGCUCUCAUCCUCACUGAAGGAGCCCAGAGGAAUAUUCCCAAAGAAAAGUUUCAGAUUUUGCACAAAAAGAUCCUUCAGCAGGCAGGUUUUAUACAGUUUGGUCAACUUCAAUUUCUAGACGCAAAGGAGCAUUUUAGAAAAGGACACCUGGACGUCCGGGAGCUCAUCUCUCUUUACCCGCUGCUGCUGCCUUCCUCAUCCACAUUCACGCGCUGCCAUCCUCCUCUUCACGAGUUUGCUGAUCUGAACCACUUGGCUCAAGGCGACCAGGAAAAGGUCCAGAGGUGCAAGCAGUUUCUAAUCAGCUACUUGGCAGAGAUGCGAAGUACAGAAGUCGCCAAUGGCUGCAGGGAGGACGUGGACACUGCUCUACUGAAACUCUAUGCUGAACAAGAUCACGAAAGCCUCCUCGAUCUGCUCGCCUCAGAAAACUUCUGUGUUUUAGCCGACUGUGUGCCAUGGCUAGAAAAGUAUCAUAAAUAUUUUGCACUAGGUUUACUUUACCAGUAUCAGGGUCAGGAUUCAGCCGCUUUGCAGUUGUGGAUGCGUGUGGCUGAUGGAGAUCUUCAGGACGGGACACGGUCUGAUCUGGACGACUACAUCACAGACUUUCUCUGCUCCUGCUCCAGUCUGGAUCUCGUGUGGAAGUACGCCGACUGGGCCUUACGCAAAAACCCCACUACAGGAGUUCAAAUAUUCACUAAAAGAAUUCCCACUAAAAACCAGCCGGAGCUGAAGCCUGACGAUGUCGUGACGUAUUUAACGGCGCAUCGUGAGGCCCUUCUACUCUACCUGGAGCACCUGGUCCUGCAGCAGCACAUUCAGAAGGAGACGUUCCACACGCACUUGGCUGUCUUAUACCUCGAGAGAGUCCUGGCGUUGCUAUCGGAAACGCCGGUGGACGAGGCGCAGCUGUCGAAAGCUCGAGAGAGACUCCAGGCCAUGUUACGAGAGUCUAACCUUUAUCGAGCACAAUAUCUUUUAGGAAAGAUAAAUGCUUGUGAAAAGCUGCUGCUUGAGCGUGCAACACUACACGGCAAACUGGAGGAGCACAACGAGGCCCUGCACAUUCUAGUUCAUGAACUCAAGGAUUUCCCAUCUGCUGAGGCCUACUGCAUUUGGGCGUCUGAGUCACGGAACGCUGCUUACAGACAGAAACUCUUCCACCUUUUAUUAGGGGUUUAUUUAGACUCUCAGUCCAAGCCUGAGGCAGCAAGGAGCAGUGGUGAGAUGGAGAUGGCGGCUGUGGACCUAUUGAAUCGCUAUGGAGAGGUGUUUGACGCGGUGCAGGUACUAAACAUGCUUCCCGAAGGAUGGUCCCUGCAGCUGCUCAGGCCGUUCCUGGGACGAGCCAUCCGGGCCAGUGUCCACGCCUGUCGCACCUCCCAGAUCGCCUUGGGACUCGCGCACUCGGAAAAUCUACAGCUGCUGCAUGACCGGUUGAAGGAGAGGAAGAAGCCCAUCAUGGUGUCGGACAAGAAAGGCUGCUUUAUGUGUCACAAUACGUUCAGUGAACCGGAGGUGGUGUGUCUGCCCGGAGGAGUGCCCGUCCAUACUCACUGUGUCCAAGACCGGAUCCAACACUCCCCCUCCAAAAAACAUUUAUCUAAUAGCACCAACCACACGUGA